AUGUUGUGUAAAGUUGGAAACCAACAACCAAUAAAGAAAAAUGAUGCCCUUUCAAGUGUCGUUCUACAAUUAAAUAGCGAACCCUCUGAUUGGAAAAGUCAAAUGGAUAGUGAUGUUUAUGAUUAUUUUUGCACGUACGAGAAAAAUGGGAAAAUCAAUAAGACCCAUUAUAAUUCUUCCAAAUACAAACCCUUAUUGCAAGAAUCCGAUGCAAUUAUCAAAGAUCAAGUGAAAGGAGGAAUUAUUGACUCAGUUCUUGUUGCACAUGAAACCGGUUAUUUCCUACCCCAUCAUGGCGUACUUCGAAAAGAUAAGGAAACGACAAAACUUCGCGUGGUUUUCGAUGGUUCGGCAAGAGUUACUAAGGAAGAGCAGUCACUCAAUCAUUGCAUCGAAAAGGGACCAAAUUUUGUUCAUCGUUUAUUUGACACUAUGAUCAACUUUCGAGGCUUCUCCAUUGGGCUUGUUGCCGAUAUCGAAAAGGCUUUUCAUGAAAUACAAAUUGCUCCCGAAGACAGAAGGAUGCAACUAAGAGGUCAGUUUUAA